AUGGCAGACCAGGACAGGUUUAUUUGGAUCUACUCUGCUUAUUUAAAUAAUAAGAAGACCAUAGCUGAGGGGAGGUGGAGCCCCAUAAGUAAGACUGUGGAAAACCCUAUGGCUACUGAGAUUCAAGAUGUAUGCUCAGCAGUUGGACUGAAUGCCUUUCUGGAGAAAAACAAAAUGUACUCCAGAGAAUGGAAUCAUGAUGUUCAGUAUAGAGGCAGAGUCCCAGUACAGCUCAAAGAGGAAGAUGGCAACCUGUGUCUUCUACAGUUCCCGAUAUGUAAGUCAGUGAUGCUAUACAUAACAGAAAUGAUACCCACGCCAAAAACAAAGACACAGAAAUCAGGAGGUGCUGACCCAAGUCUUUAG